AUGACUUCAGUUGCACUUCCACCCGGCAUCUAUGUUCCCAUUCCAACAUUCUUUCUCGACACACCCGCUGACGAACAACCAGUCGAUGUCGAUACUGUUGCUCGACACGUCCAGUUCCUCUGCUCAGCUGGUGUUCAUGGUGUCGUUUGUAUGGGUUCAACAGGCGAAGCAGUACAUCUCAAUGAAGAUGAAAGACAACUGGUCAUCCGAACUGCACGCAAAGCUAUCGACGAAUCAUCGUCCAAAGCGAAACUAAUCGCUGGCUGUUCACACGAGUCAGUUCGCGGCACACUUCACCUCAUCAAGCAAGCAGCCGAAGCAGGUGCUGAAUACGCUAUGGUUCUACCGCCUUCGUAUUUUCUUAGCUGGACAGUCAACCGAUCGGAUGUUCUCGUCUCCUUCUAUACGAAAGUUGCUGACAAAGCUGUGAUUCCCGUUGUAAUCUACAACUUUCCAGGUGUGACACAGCAAAUGGACACUCCACAAGAAACCAUCGUCAAGUUAGCUUCUCACCCGAACAUUGUCGGUAUGAAAUGCACCGAUGGAAAUGUAGGAAAGGCUGGCUAUGUGUGUGAACACACCGAUUCCAAACAGUUCACGUUGAUGAGUGGCUCAGCUGAUAGUUUCGUGCCGUUCCUAACAAUUGGAGCACAAGGAUGUGUUCCUGGUUUCGCAAAUGUUGCUCCACGAGUUCUUGUUCAUCUUUUUAACUUGUACAGAAACCAUUCACAAGAUAAGUGGGAAGAAAUUCAACGCAUUCAACGUCGAAUUAUCGGUCCUGAUCAUACUCUUUUCCGGCUGAAUGGUAUCUCUGCCGUGAAAGCAAUAAUGCAGAAAGUCUUGGGCUAUGGUGGUCUUCCACGUGCACCACUCUUACCCACAGGAGAUGAGCUACAAGAAACAAUUUUGAAAGCCGUCGAACCAGCACUUGAAAUCGAACGUGAAUUAGCAUCGAAGCAAUGA